AUGAGCAGGGCCAGGGCGGUGAGUGGCCUGCUUUUGUACGGCGCGCUGGUCGUGGCCUUCCUGGCCAGCUACGGUGGCGUGAAGCGGCUGCUCGGUUGGGGAAGCGGCGCAGUGUGGAGUGAUGAAUACGGCUACUUGACAGAUGUAUGGAGAGGUCGUGGGGAGAGCCAAGCACUUUGUUUGUUGCUGAAAAUUUGGUGUAGGAACAAGGGAAAGGUGAACGAAGAGGGGAAGGGGAUGGAAAAUCAUGCAGGACUGUUACAAAGAAUAAAUAUGAACAAGGUGAGGAAACUUUCAGACGAUGACACAAAUAAGGAUCUGUUACCAUACGUUAAUACGAUAGGUGGUAACUACACAGUGGUGAAUCUGUUUGACUAUUUCGUUAAGGGUAAAAAGAGAGACAAUGGAAAGAAUGAAAUAUUCGUAAAUCAUAUUAUGACUUUACACAGGAUUGUGGUGAUAUGUUUCAAGCCGACUCUAAAUUUUUCUCACAUCAUUACCCAACCUAGUGAUGCCCUGUACAAAAUAAUAAAGGAAGGUGAAGGAGAAAUAUUGACAACGAAAGAUUACCCUGUUUUAUUUUAUGCAGAUGAGGCUAGCUGGGGGUUGAAAAAUGUUAUGUCUACUGGAAUCAUUGAAUUCUUUGCACCUCCAUUUACCAGAGAGGUGUCUGACAUAGUGAUUAGAUGUGCUAAUACAGAAAUAAAUGAGACGUAUACAUUUGAAGAUGUGAUUAAGGUCCGUAUUAGAAUCCCUCGUAGUAGUGAAAAAAUAGUAGGCCUGAGUACAGACCCUAUGGACGCAGAAUUUUUCGAAAGAAUUGUAGAUGAAAAUGUAGAUGAUUAUAAAUUUGGGAGUUACAAAAAUCGCGUGUUAGGGUUCAAAUUGGCAGAUGCAGAAUUAGAUCCUGAAAAUUGCUUCAAAGUGGUUAAUGGAAAACAAAGGGAUAUUGCUCUCGAAAUUGAAUACCAAUAUGGUAGAUGUUUGAUUUUAGAUAGACCUGAUUUUAAGCUUCGGUAUUUUUAUGUGAAUGAUGAAAACUUUGAAGAUGAAUUUGAAUUUUCUUGCUCUUUUACUUAUAAGGGGAAAAAGAAGAAAGCCACUUUUGGAGACGCAGAGGUGAGUCCAACGACAAAAACAUACUUUAUAGAACCAGACAAAAAAGAAUUCCAAUACUUUAAUGGAGUUCCUUACAAAUAUUGCCACUUUGAAUAUAAUGAUGACAAAAAAAGGUCCACACAGGUGUGUGAAAGGACUAUAAGCGAGUUUUCUCUUUUUAUGUAUAAUUGUGAGGUGAAGAAGGCUAGGGGGGUUGUUAUUGAUGAGCCGAUCAAGACGGUGAAAUAUUUAAAUGGGACUCAGCCUCUGGAAAAAUUUAGCGACAUCACUUUAUUCUCCGAUGAUAUACAUAUAGAAGAUUUGAGAUGGAAAUUUCCAGACUACAAAUAUUUCAUGACCGCCUAUAUCAACCAUGGCCCACAUCCCCUGAUCAUUGAAUGUGUUAUUCCUAAUAAAACUAACGACAGUCAUCAAAAGGCUCAUAUUCUACUGCACGUAAAAACAAAUUUAAAAGACAAUACAGUCUCCUUCUGUGAUUUUAAAAGCUCUAGAUUAUAUGACUAUUUGAAUGCAUAUAUUAAAGGAGAUGUAUGUGAAAUUAAUGUAACUUCGAAUAGCAGCUUUGGGUUUAGGUGUCCUGAUGGAACAGUGAAGAAGCCAAGUUAUUGUUUUACCGAGUUGUACUACCAUGGGUAUCUUUACCGGUUAGGAGAUAUUUUUGCUCAGAAUAUUGUUAUAUAUUCUUAUAAGGACCCCAAAUUAUCCCUAGCAGCUUUUACAAGUAGCCUGACCAGGUCCUACUCUUUCCAAUGCUACUGUGUCCAGGAGGAUGAUCAAGAUAAAAUAGAAAAGAGAGUAAUUGUGAAUUAUAUAAAUGAAGACCAAUUGUAUGAUUAUAAUACUAUUCCGAAGGUGAAAUACGAAUCUAUCGUAUCGCAUCCGAUGAGGACUCACGUGUGUGAUUUCAUGGGAAGCAAUUCUGUCCUUAAGCCAACAAGGAAAAAGCCAGUGAACUACAUUUGUGAAGUUUUUCCAAAGCCCAUGGAAUAUAUCGCCAUGAUCUGUCCUACCAACCUAAUCGAUGAGCAGAAUGAAAAACUGCUUUCAGAUCUUCUAUACAAUUAUGGCAACCCAGGAAUAAAGGAACAAAUUAGAGCCUUUGGAAAAAAGAGAAACAACUACUCUAAGUCCUUUCACCUUCCGAAGAAAGCUCCCGCCUACGUCAUCAAUCGUUAUAUGCAAAAUGUAAAGAGCAUUGACGAAAUGAUUCCGGGGGUUCUCAUCACAGAUACGGUUCGUAUUAAAAUAGCUAGAAUGAAAAAAACGGAUCGACAAGGAGGAGGAGAAGGGGUGGAAGACGCAUCGCUACCACCAGACGAAAACGAUGAAAUUAAUCAAAUGUACGCAAGUCAUUUAGGACUCCCCAACAGUAUUCACCACGGACUCUUUAUCUUUCAACUCCCGCCUUAUAUAAAACGAAAUGCUGUCAUCGAAUUUGCCUGCAUAAAUGAUAAAACGAAAAAAAUGGGUAACACGGGAAACAACGGUAUUAUGUCUGUGCACCUCAGGACGGAGGGAAGGGUGGUUCCCGGGUGCCACUUUUACAAAAACAAGGAAGAGAAUAGUAUUUUGAAGAAAAAAAUAAAAGUGGGUUCUUCUGAAGAUUGCGUCGUGCAAAGUAAUGGAGAAAUUGACUACAUAGGAAUAUUUUGUCCUAUACAAGAAGGGUUAUAUUUGACCCCCCCAGGAUGUUUUGAAACAGCAUAUAACAGCUCCGAUGAACUUGUGCACCUCAGCAGCUAUGACAAGGACUUUAAAAAUUUCACCAAUAAUAAAGGUGUCUCUUACUUGAAGAUACCACAAAGCUUUGUCGGCCAUCUGAACAUAUUUUGCUACUGCAAUGAGGAAGCUCCCUCACUAUCGGAAGGGGAGGAGGAGGAGGAGGGGCGUGCCGGGUUAUUAAUAGGUCCUCCAAAAAAGGAGAACAAAAUGAACAUCGAGCUAAAUACAUCCAAUAGGGGAAUCAAGAAUGUACAAAAAAUAGACCACCUGUACGAGUCAGACUUUCUUAUUGGAAACGAAUUUGUCAAUAGGAGACCAUCACCCAUAAUGAGAAAGAAACACAUUUGUGACUUUACGAGGGAAGACAGUUCGUUGGCUCCCCAAGACGAGUUGCCGGCCAUCAACUCCUGCUUCGUCGAAUUGGAGGAAAACCUGAGCCUCGUCGAGGUGCGCUGCCCCAGGAACGUCAAUCCGCCUGCGGCCGACCGCUUCAGCAGUGGGAUUAGCACGCGCAGUGUUGGACUUCGCAGCGUUGGAAUGCGUAGCGUGGGAGGUGUUACUCGAAUGGCGGGCCGAAAUGGGCUCCAUGGGGCUGCCUUACCAGAGGAGGAUCAACUCCUGAGCGAAGAAGAGCUGAGCAAGUACAAGAACAUCAAAUAUGUACCCGACGAAUUCGAAGACGUAAUACAUGUGAGCAGAAAAAAAAAAUUGUCCGACAUCCUCCCAGGAACGAUAAUCCUAGACCGAAGUAAAAAGUUUAAGGAAAAUGGAAAAUUUACAUUCAUCACUCCACUCAUAGUGAAGGACGAUAUAAUCAUAAAGCUCUUAUGUGACAACUCAGAGACAAUGAUUGAAAAUAAAAAAGGAAAAAAAGGAGUAGUCGUUAUAAAAAUUCCUAAGAGAGUAACACAGAAAAGAUUUUAUGGGUGUGAUUUUUCAGGAAAUUCAAAUAAGACCUUUUACUACUCCGAGGUGCAUUCUUUAAAAAAUUCAAACAAGGAAUGUCACAUCAAGUUGAAGGAAAAUAUUAUUGUCAGUUUGAAUUGCCCAAAUGGAAAAAUUAAUCCAAACAACUGUUUCCAUAAUGUAUAUAUAAAAAGUACCAUGGAUCAAGAGAAUGUUGAAAAUGUUGAAAAUAUUUUUAAUGAUGUGAAAGUAAUUAAUACAAAUUACUUGUUGAAAAAUUCUUCAGCUUUUUUGAUCAUAUCCAAAAUGAGUAAUACGAAGGAUCUGAAUUUUUACUGUACUUGUGAAGAUUAUGAGAGUAAGAAUGUGGGAACUAUAUUUCUGAACCUGCCUCAGAACCCGUCUUCUACAUCUAAAGAAAAUUAUACUUUGGAAAAAAAGCUAGUUAUUGAUGUUCCCCCAUAUUAUGCAAAAGACACUUACGUUUGUGAUUUUACUGAGCAACAUUAUAAUAUUGUAAAUCGAUCUAAGGUAGACUUGGACAAAUUAUUGAAAAGGUACUUACAAGAUAUUCUCUCCUAUGAACAUAAUGAAUUUACACACUUUAGUUUAAAUUUUAAAUUGAGGAAGGAAAUAAUGAAGAAGCAGUACAUUGCGUAUGUUAAGAAGCAGAUCCAGCAUUAUCAGGAGAAUGUCCCCGAUGUGGAAAACUACCCCGACCACACCAUCGUCUACAAGUGUAACAUCGAUUUGAGUGCCUUUGACAAAUUUUCAAUCAAGUGUCCCUCUAGGAUGGAAAAUGUUCCUGCAAAGGGAGGACGCCCACUUAGUACACCACGUUUCAUAUACACAUCCAGUCUGGGCAACGACUCCAUUUCCUUGGUGAAAGGAUUGAACAGCCUUCUCUUCGGAACCAUCAUUGUUAACAAAACAAAUGAACAGAACGUUUCCUUUUUCGAAAAAGGGGAACUCGAACUUAUUAUAUCUCCCUAUGCUGACUCCUCAAAGAAUUUUAAUUUCUCCUGUGAGCACAUUGGAGAAAACGGAACAAAUCGCGUCAUCGGUUAUGCUUCCAUUUUUGUAAAAAAAAAUAAUAAUAAAAUUUUGGGUUGUGAUUUUAUAGACCCUUCAGAUGUUAGUAACCAGGUCCAUCACUCCUCCACAUCUGACACGAAAGAAACAAGUGGAGUGAACAAUACAUAUAAAAAUAACUCAUUUGAAUUUGAGAUAGAACUCGUGGAGGGAAAAAAUAUAUACUGUAAUAUUGAAGCCAUAGAAAAUGAUGUGGUUGGUUUUAGCUGCCCUCAUAAUUUCCUCACUGCCCCUGAAAAUUGCUUUGAGUCGGUGCAGAUCGAGGGAGUAGACAAGGAGUUAGAAACACAUAAGCUAGAGAAACUACUAAAAGGAGUACACAUUCUUAAAAAUAAAAUAUAUGAUGUGAAUUAUACCCCAUCUUAUAUCAUUCUUCCGAAGAAAAUACCCAAAUCGAUGAAAAUUUUUUGUACAUGCAAUUCAGUCAAGAGGAUAAAAACAGGCAUUAUUCAAAUUAAUAUCAUUGGGGAUGAUUUGAAUAACUGGUUCAAGAAAGAGAUCACUCAUCAUGUUUUCGCGUUUGAACAGCCCAGCUACUUUUAUGACUUUUCUUCUGGGCCACUUAACAUUAGCUCAGAGAACGUGCUGGAUAUUGAUGUGGUUCCCGCGGCGAAGCGAGGUAAGGCAACUCGCCACAAACCGCAUGGGGGGGUAGGAAAAAAUGCACCUGGGCCCACCACCGCGCAACUCCUCCACGUGCGGGGUCAAGAAGAGGGUGGCGACGAGGAGGAUGACGACGACGAUGAGGAGGAGGAAGAGGAAGAGGAUGAUGUGGAAGAAGAGGAAAACGUGUUAAACCCCAUGCGAACAAAACAGGUGCACGAAAUCACUGUAGCGGCAUCGGAAUUCAGCUUCCUCAAGGUUGUGUGCCCCCUGAGAAAUGCCCAACACUUCAGGCAAUCUAAAAUCAGCCCAGAAAAUUUCUUCGAGUAUGUGUACGUCAUGGAAAAGGACUCCAGUAAAGACGAGCCAAGUGAAGCGGAGAAGGAAAAAAUGGUCAUGGAACUGGUUAAGGAGAAAAUGAAAGAUUCUUCACAUAGCGGUGCAGAUUCUGAUGGGUCCAAGAGAAGAGAAAAUGAAAAGGAUAAAGACAAAAACGAAAUGAAGGUCGAUUACGACAGUAUGGGCAAUAAAAUAAUCGUUGCCCUAAAGACAGAAAGACCCAAAGCAACAAUUGAAGAUGUGGAAAAUUUGAAUCCUCUUAAUUAUGAGGAGGAAAAAGCAAAAAAGGAUAUUCUAACAAUAAAGAAUAUAAAUGACGUUAUAGAAUUUGUUAAUUAUGAAACAGAAGUAAGUGAAAAUACAUAUGCUGGAACGAUUUAUUUUUCUCCACUUCUUCUAAGGGAAGCAAAAUUUUUUAUUUCCUGUGAUAAUUCAUUAACCAUGAACGAAAGUAGAAGAGGCAAAACUGGCAUCGUUAAAGUUCUCGUGAAGCCAAACUAUGUGAAUAUAUUUGGGUGUGAUUUUGUAGGGGAUUACUCUACUCACUUUUCCUUUAGCCAGAGAUGGGAUGACGUUCCGAAGAAUUAUGUGUGUGAGGUACAAGUGGAAGAUGACUCCAUAGUUGGGUUGGCUUGUCCUUCACACACCAAGUUGCACCCCCCAGAUUGCUUUGACAAUGUCAUUAAGGAUAACGUGGUUCACAAAAAGGACUCGCUAAUAGAAGCAGUGAAUAUGUUUAUAUACAAGGAGAGGAACAAACCCAUUCUUUCUUUCAUCCAAGUCAAGCGCGUUUUCGCGACCCACUUCUCCUGCAAGUGUUACGAUUCCUCCAAGGGCGACUACAAAGAGGUCACCAUCAAAAUCAGCUACGAGCCCUACGUCAUGGGCACGCCCAGAAAGAGCCUCGGCGCCGCGGUCAUCCAGUACAGCGACGUGGACCUCAAGUUGCCCUCGCUGCGUUAG